GCCCUCACUUCCUCCGGGAGGGGUUAGGGACGUUGUGCUCAGAGUCGCCCACACAGUCUCGGACAGGAGUCGCUUGAGCCGCGAGUCCGGCCCCGGCCUCCCAGGGCCCUCGUCACCACCAUGAGCGAGGCCUUCGACUGUGCCAAGUGCGGGGAGUCCCUGUAUGGCCGGAAAUAUAUCCAGGCAGAGGGUGGCCCCCACUGCGUCCCCUGCUAUGAUGGCACCUUCGCCAACACAUGCGCCGAGUGCAAGGAGCUCAUUGGGCACGACUCUCGGGAGCUGUUCUAUGAGGAUCGUCACUAUCACGAAGGCUGCUUCCGCUGCUGCCGCUGCGAGAGGUCCCUAGCGGACGAGCCUUUUACUUGCCAGGACAAUGAACUCUUGUGUAACGAGUGCUACUGCAGCGCCUUCUCCUCCCAGUGCUCGGCCUGUGGGGAGACCGUCAUGCCUGGGUCUCGGAAGCUAGAGUACGGGGGUCAGACCUGGCACGAACACUGCUUCCUCUGCAGCGGCUGUGAGCAGCCCCUGGGCUCCCGCUCCUUUGUGCCCGACAAGGGCGCUCACUACUGCGUGCCCUGCUACGAAAACAAAUUUGCCCCUCGCUGUGCCCGCUGCAGCAAGACGCUGACACAAGGAGGAGUGACUUAUCGUGAUCAACCCUGGCACCGAGAGUGCCUGGUCUGCACCGGCUGCCAAACUCCCCUGGCCGGCCAACAGUUCACAUCCCGGGAUGACGACCCCUAUUGCGUGACUUGCUUUGGGGAGCUCUAUGCACCGAAAUGUAGCAGCUGCAAGCGGCCCAUUACAGGACUUGGUGGGGGCAAGUAUGUGUCAUUUGAAGAUCGGCACUGGCACCACAGCUGCUUCUCCUGUGCCCGCUGCUCAACCUCCCUCGUGGGCCAGGGAUUCAUACCUGAUGGAGAUCAAGUUAUCUGCCAAGGAUGCAGCCAAGCUGAUCUCUGAAGGAGCCUCCCCGGCUGGGGACCUCCCAGGAUACUCCCACCUCAAAACUGGGGUCUACUAUAAACCCAAAUGUCCCCUUGGCUGUCCCAUCCCAAACUCAGGAUGCCCCCAUUCCCACAGCUCCCCAAUCCCAGUUCAGGAUGUAGUGAGCUCCCUGUUGCUGGAGGUAUUCAAGGAGAGGCCGGACGACCAUUUGUUCAGGAUGUUGUAGAGCAAUCUUUCUGCUCAGGUAGAGCUUGGACCCUUCUAACUCUUGGAGACAAUGGAACCCGAGAUCCUCACUAAGGGCCUCCCGCCCUGCCUGAAAUCCUAACCCCCAAGUCUCUAACCAAAGUCCUUAAACUCGAGACCACUCCUGCCCACCCCAAAGCCAGGGCCGAGAGCCUCAAAACCCUGAUUUUCUUCAUCCUCCCAGAGGGUCUUCCACCCAGGCCAUCUCAGCAGAGGCCUGACAUGACCCUUUGCUGUCCUCAUCUGUCUGAGGCUUGGGGUGGGGGCAGGAUGGGAGUAUGGCCGUGAGGAGGAGAAAAAGACACAGGGACUUCAUUGGGGCCGGGGGAGUGAAGGGGAAGGGGGAAUCAUCCAUCCUCUCUCUCCUUCCUUGCUUCUGCAAUAAAAGUGUGAUGAAACUGUAGCAGUUAUUUUUGAGGUGGGGAGGCUUCCUCUUUUUGCCCCCAAAACCUUUUCUCUCUUCAAAGGGCAUGGGUGCUAAACACACAUCUGGCAGGAUCUCUGGAGAAUGGUGGUCCUCUCCUACUGCCUCUGCUGUGGAAUGGAGCCCAGUGAAAGUGAUCACACAACCUCUCCCACUCCCCAGCACACACAGCGUCCCCCACUUUUUCCAAGGCCUGGCCUCCUGCCACAGCUUGAAGAAUAACUUGAAUCUUCUGCCUUUUCUGGGGAUCAGAAUGAUGGCAAAAAUAAAUAAAUAAAUAAAAACCACUCUUGCUAGAGUGUUUGAAACAUACAGAGCCCUUUCCCUAAUGUCAGCUCUGGGCAAGCAUCAUUUUUCACCAUUUUACUGAUGAGGAAACUGAGUGCCACGGGCAGAGUUCAUACAUCAAAUGACUAUCAGGAAGAUGUCUCUAUUAGAAACAUCCUAAUUCUAACCUCCUUGACUCCCCCUCCCCAUAUGUUAGAUUUCUUAAAAUAUAACAUGACAGGGUUACAAUUUUAAUGACUCAUAUCUCUGUAUCCCCAGGG